AUGAGAUUUGCAUCGGAAAAGAAUGGUGGAAAUGAUAGAGCGAAGUGGAAAAUGGCAAAUUUUAGAGCGACAAUUGAUUUUUGUGGCUUCCGGAGUGUAGCUUUCUCGGGUUACGCUUUCACUUAUGACAAUGGGAGGGAUGAGCUCGAUAAUACACAAUGUCGCUUGGAUAGGGCGUUGACCAAUGAUUCUUGGUUUGCGUCAUUUCCCGAGGCUCAUGUUAUUCAUAUUGAUCCUGAGUGGUCCGAUCACGCUCCUAUUAAGUUGGUUUUGUUCCAACAGCCUUCUUUCUCACUUGGUGAAAUCCUUUCCGGUUUGAGCAAUAUUGGCAGCAAGAUGAAGGAUAGAAAGAAAUUGCAGAAGUUAAAUAGAGGGGGAUUAACAGCGUCUCAAAUUGAGCAGCGAAGGAGCUUGUUGCGUGAUAUUGAGGGCCUGAUUAAACACGAGGAGCUUUAUUGGAGACAAAGAUCACGGGUGUCAUGGCUUGCGGAGGGAGACCGCAAUACUAAGUUCUUUCACCAAAGAGCUUCGGGCAGAAAGAGAAAAAAAUUUAUUCGCUCUUUGAAGGACUCUAAUGGUGAUCUUAAGGCUGAAGACGAGGUGAUUGGGAGGAUAGCCGUGAAAUAUUUUAAAAAUUUAUUUUCCUCUUCUAGUCCCUCUAUAAUUGAAUUUGCCCUACAAGACUUCCAGAGUAGGGUAAUGGAUGAUAUGAAUGCUAUAUUGAGAAGGUCGUACUCUGCGGAAGAGGUGAAGUUUGCUCUUGAUCAAAUGCAUCCUAUCAAAGCCCUCGGUCCGGAUGUUCUUGCUAAUCGACUAAAAGAGUUUCUUGAUAAAAUUAUUUCUGUCCAACAAAGUGCUUUCACGUACUCCGGGGAGAGUUGGAGUAGGUGUGUGAUGAAUUGUGUUCGUUCUGUUUCUUUCUCGAUGUUGAUUAAUGGGAAGCCGUAUGAUGUUUUUACCCCGAGUAGAGGGAUCCAACAGGGUAACCCUCUUUCCCCUUAUCUGUUCAUAUUGUGUGCGGAUAUUUUUUCUCACCUUCUCCAGAGGGCGGAGGAAUGUGGUACUCUUCAUGGCAUUAGAAUUGCUCCGACGGCUCCGGAUAUUAGUCAUUUGUUGUUUGCGGAUGAUUGCAUUAUUUUCUCGAAAGCAAAUAUGCAAGAUUUAGAGGCCAUUAAUGAUGUGUUGGAGGUCUAUGAGAAGUCGUCGGGUCAAAAUAUUAAUUUUGAUAAGACGACUAUUUUUUUUAGUAAGGGUGUUGGAGAGGGAAAACGGAAAGAGUUGGCUAAUAGGUGUGGUGUUAGGGUGGUUGAUAUACAUGAUCGUUAUCUUGGGCUUCCUACGGUGGUGGGGCGUUCGAAGAAGGUUAUCACGAAAGGGAUUACAGAAAAAUUGUGGAAAAAACUCCAAGGAUGGAAGGGGAUGGUUCUUUCAAAAGCGGGUAGGGAGGUUAUGAUAAAGGCGGUGGCCCAAUCUCUCCCUACUUAUGCAAUAAGCGUGUUCAAAUUUCCAUCUUCGUUUUGUGAUGAGUUGAAAUCCUUGGUAGCACAAUUUUGGUGGGGGCAAAAACAAGGGGAAAGGAAGUUACAUUGGUUAGCUUGGAAGAAGCUAUGCCGGUCAAAGAAAGAAGGGGGAUUGAGGUUUCGAGAUUUCAAGUUGUUUAACAGGGAUCUUCUUGGGAAACAGGCUUGGAGGUUGGUGGCUCAACAUGGCAGCCUUAUUGAACGUGUUAAUACUACCCAAAUUCUUCAUAUAUUGAGGCAGAGAUGGGGUUGA